CUAAUAAGUCGUAGUAAUUUGAUAAUACAUUAAAUACAUAGUAAAUAGUUCUAACCUGAAUUUGAAUGUCAUUUUUAGUGUUAAUUAUAUAAUAAUGGAUUCAGUAUCUAAUAUACUUGGUAUUGAUAAAGUAAAUAUGAAUGGAAAAUUAAUUUUAAUAGAAGAACAGCAUGAUAGUAAUGCAAACUUUUUGUUAAACUCUGUUAUAUUUAAUGCAUUAAAAAAUAAUUAUGGAAUAUGUUUUGUUCUUUUCCAUAAUACAAUGAAUCAUUAUCAUAACAUGGGUAUGAAAUUUGGUUAUAAUCUUACAUUAUUAAAAGAAAAAGAUAAGAUUACAAUUAUAGAACCACUAAAAAUGAUUGCAUGUAAUAUGGAAUAUAUAUAUGAACCAACGAAAAAUUGUAUAAUUAAUGAUAUAUUUAUAAUUAUUAAAAAUGAAUGUGAAAAAAUGAUGCAAAGCAAUGAAUCUGUACUUAUUAUAAUGGAUGAUUUGAAUCAUAUUUUUAAUUUCGGAGCUAAUUUGAAAGAAGCUAUGUAUUAUAUAAGAUAUUUAAGAUCAUUGAUUGAACAAUAUAAUACAGUUCAACUUUAUAUUCUAACACAUAUUUAUAAAGAUGAAUUGAAGAAUUCUUUAUCCAAUAUAUUUGCACAAACUCUUAAAUAUAUUGCUCAUUUAUUCAUUAAAAUUGAACCUCUUGAAACAGGAUAUUCUAGCGAUAUAUCUGGAAAUUUAAUAAUUAAUUGGAGAAUAGAUAAUAUUAGAAUAAAAUAUAAUUGGCCCCAAAUAUCAAAAUAUACAUAUAAGUUAUCAGAUCGUCAAGUACAAAUUUAUACACCUGGUACAUCAACUUUAAGUUAAGCCCAAUAAAUCAAUUGUAUUCAUACAAGAAGGUAUCGAAGUCCAACAUGUUUCAAGCACGAUUAAUGAAAUCGUCGAACAUGAUGAAGUUCGUAUCUAUCCCAAAUUUAUUCAAUUCAAAGAAGCCAGUGAAGG